UUUGUUGCAGGUUGGUUGUUACUGGGAAAAACUGGCAGCUGUGACUCUUCCACACCGUCUCCAUGUAAAUGACAUGCUGCUGUGGUGACUGUGUGUUUUCAGCUACAGUCUGCUGCGCAGCUCACCAAGCAGAGCAAACUGAAGGACGUUCUGACAGUAACCUUGUUCUGUUGGAUCAAUCUUUAUUGCUCCAGCUACCGAUGUUAGCUGGCUAGUUUAACUACUGCUGCUGACUCAAGGACAAGCUAAAGAAAACCACUGCAAACAGCUGCAAGAGAAGAUCAAUUCAAUCUCAGCUCACAAUCCAAAAAACAUCUGCCAAGACAGAUUUAUUCCCUGUUUUUGUGGCCCUGAAUCUCUGAGACGAUGCAGCUGAAUAUUCCUGUCCUGGCUCUUUGCCUUCUUGGCACAGCAAUCCUGUGUUCAGCGCAGAUCUCAACUGAUAGCCCAACUUCAGCGACCAUCAUCAACCCAGAUGCAACAGACGCUCAGAGCAUCUCAACAAGCCAUUCACCAGAAACCGGUGCGUCAACGUCAUCUGGGCCGUCCACCACACCUGGGCCGUCCACCACACCUGGGCCGUCCACCACACCUGGGCCGUCCACCACACCUGGGCCAGCCACCACACCUGGGCCGUCCACCACACCUGGGCCGUCCACCGCGACUGUGCCGUCCACCGCAACUACACAAACCGCACCUACUACAGAAACGCCUGUGAGCGCCACCACCGAGUCUAUGGGGGGUGGUGGAAGUGAUGAGCUUUCAUCUGGCGCUAUCGCCGGUAUUGCCAUCGGCUCCAUCGCCGGGGUGGCUGCUCUUGGUGGUGGUAUCUUUGGUGCGCUGAAGUUCACUGGGAAGAUCUGAGACCAGUUAUUGCUAAACAAGGAUGGUUAUGGAUCGUAUAAGCUAAAACAUUUGCCAUCCUGAAGUCAAACAGAUUAAAUCCUGACCCUUUAACUGGACGAUGAAAAAUGUCUGAGAGGCUCAAAUCAGAAUAAAACAAUAUAACAUGAUCAUAAUGACGUGGGCCAUGAGGAAGACAUUAAAGUAAAUUUGACUACUUUGCUAUUUUGAUUGUCAGGAAAUAAUCUUUAGUUGAUCAAAUGUAACUUUUUGCUGUGAUGGAAAAUGUAUUUUAUAAUAUUUUCAUGUUAUUUUUUUUUUGGCAGCUAUGUUCAAUUUAACUGCCAGGAGGGUUUGAUUUAGAAAAAUAAUUUCUCUUAAUGUCCUUUACAUCGGAUAACUCUGGCCUUUUGGAUUUUAAGUGUGUUGGGAAGCUAAAUAAUGAGCCAGAUUUUAUAAUAAUUUACUUUUUUCUAGUGUGUGGAACGCCUCAGUGCCACUGUGCCUAUAAAAAUACAGAAAAAUACUCAGCUUUCUUGUCCUUUUUUAAAAACUAUGUAAUUAUUACAGACAUUUUAAGCUGAGUAUUUUUUUUGUUGAAUUUUUGUUAAUUAUUGUUUUCAUAUAAUUAACUGGGCUUUCUGUAUAUUCUGUAUUUUCUUAUAGAGAAAAAGACUUUGAAAUCACUUUAUACAUUUAAUAAAUAACUGUUUCCCAU